GUGAUUGAAUUAAUAAGGAUAACAUAUUUUACAAUAUAUAAUAUAUGUGUGGUAAACUCUUCAUUGUAUUAAUGUUUUGUAAUAAUUAAUCGUCAAAAGGAAAUUAAAUUACGAAUGAUGAAUAUCAUGUAUUUAAAUAUUUGAAAACCUGUCGUUUGCGAAACGAUACGCGGAACCGAUUUACCGCCAGUGGAAACGGUCAGAUUUUAAUCUUAUUGCGGCAUUCUGCCUGGAUGGAAUUUCAUUGUUUGAUGAACUACUAUCAGGUUCCCCCGAACGCGCGAAAUACCUAACAACCGGAAGCUAAGGCCGGAAUUGUGUGUACCGCUUCGUUCUAUGUUCGUGUCACGAUUCUGAAAAACUACAGUUCGCAUCUCGUUAGUAUAGAUACUCUAUCAGACUUGUCGGAUUGUCAUCCAAACACGUGAUAUCGGAUAGUGCGAGAGAAUCGAAAGAACCAUUUUGAAGAAAUAGAAAAGUGUUUAGUGCAAAAAAAAGUGAAAAUCCGUAUAGGGAAAUAGAAUAUUUCAUCAGACGAACUCCAUGUUAAAAUCAGCGUUAAUAUAUUUCAAGAAUCCUAAUGAUCGAAUAGUGGACGACACAUGACACGUGCGUCGAAUUGCAAAAUAGAUUCAAGAAGCGUAAAUAUAUCCGGACAUGUGGUGGAUCUUGCUACUGAGUUGUUGGUUGUAUCCUUCGUCGUGGAGCAUGACUUGGUUCCCUCCGGUUACCUUGAAUGUUAUGCGCGGAGAGCAAAUAGAUCUCGUGGAUAUUACUAAUUCUACUUAUGCACCCAUUUGGAUGAAAAAUACCGCGAACAACGGGAUCAGGAUUGAAGGCCCAGAAUCUGUCGAUAUGAUUGAUUCGGCACAAUCCCCCAUCAAUUCCGUCGAUCGCGACCGCGAACCGCUGGACGAAGUAGAGCGCAUCGAACCCAGGCAGUGGCCAGGUAGGCCGGAUAUCCUACCAACUCGCAGCACCGCACCUUUCACCACGGAAAGGUCUUUACCGCCCAGGUCUCCACAACCCACAACGUUAGCGCAAAGAAAUCCUUCUAGCCAAAGAUUUCCUACGAUUACUGUACCACCUCCAACGGUUACUGUUGACGAACUCUUCUGCGACUUCGGGCCAUCACCAUCUAUGCCGCUUUGCGAAUGGCAAAAUGGUAAUGGUGCAUUGGAUUGGACUGCAGGUACUGGAAUGGGCACCAACUGGGUGGGUGGACCAUCGGCUGACGCCACAAGUGGCACUAUGGAGGGAGGAUACGCCUUUGUGGAGACAUCGCAGAUACCUUUGAAAGAUGUGAAGUAUAAGAGUUCCGGAGGUCUUUUGCAUAGUCCACAAUUGGGCAGUACUGGAGUCGCCGGUACCUGUUUUAUGUUCAAAUACAUUAUGGACGGUCUCAGUAUCGCAGGACUACGAGUAUUACUUCACGUCGGAACGGAUGAGUACUCAUUUAAAAAGGAACCCGAAGAACUGCCUGUAGAAAAUACCACAGUAAUUCCGCCUUGCGAACCGGUGGAAAUCAUGGAAGAGCGUGUAUUAUGGCAUGCGCAGUAUUACACCCUUGGAGUAUGGCAACAGGCCCAAAUACUUUAUACUUAUCCUGAAUUACAUUCGCUAGUUAUUGAAGGUGUGCCAGUAGAUUCUACAGAUCCAUCGCGUCUAUAUCGUGGAUACAUCGCUAUCGAUGAUAUAGAUUUGCAACCUGGUACAUCAUGUGUUGGAUUCUGUAACUUCGCCAGUAGCUUUUGCGAUUGGAACAAUGAUGCGGAAGAUGAUUUUGACUGGACCAUAAGUCGCGGUAGCGGAAAUCCCACGACUGGUCCAACGAUGGACAGUUCUAGCGAUCGUGUCACAGCCGGUGGUUACGCUUUCAUCGAUUCCAGCUUUCCACGACGACCCGGCGACACGGCAAAACUCAUAAGUUCGAGUUUUCCGGCAACUAUGCCAGACGCACCAACGUGUAUGCGCUUCUGGUUUCACAUGUUUGGAUCCGGAAUCGGCUAUUUGAAGCUGUUCUUACGUCAUUUUCGCAGUCCAGACAGUCAACUGCGGGAAAUUUGGGGUUUAUCCGGAAACGCUGGCAAUGCCUGGUUCAUGUCGCAAGUUACGAUCAGCUCCCUUGAUGAUUUUCAACUACUUUUUGAAGCAUCAGUAGGAAAUACUGGCAUGGGAGACAUCGCAAUCGAUGAUCUCUCGUAUGGACCAGGUGCUUGCCCUGUUUCGCCUCAAGUGGCUGCUCCGAUACUGCGGGAUUGUACCUUUGAGAUAGAUGAAUGUGAGUGGAUCAAUUCACGAGAUCCAGACCGCGUUGAAUGGGAGAGAGUGUCCACUCAGGUGUUGGGCCCGAGAAAUCAGAGGAAACCAUACAGUAAUGGACACACGAUUAACCGACGUAACGAAUAUUUUUUGGGGCUGGCACGUCUUCGCGGUAAUUCACGAUCAUCCGGGGGUACUGCUCAACUGGUUAGUCGACAGAUGAAGGGUUCCGAAGAACCUCUCUGUAUUACAUUUUGGUAUUUUAUGUUCGAACCUUUCAUCGAUUCCACAGGACCCAGCUUAGGCGUGUUACGAUUGUAUGUGCAAGCAGAUGGUGAUACUUCAACAGAAAGCAAACCCAUAUGGCAAUUAUACAAUGAUCAAGGUCCUACGUGGAACUAUGCUCAAACUAAUAUCAAUCAAAAUACGGAUUUCAAUGUCGUGUUUGAAGGCACUUGGGGGCCGAACAGAGCGAGUGGCAGCAUAGGAAUUGAUGAUAUCGCUUUUUAUACUGGGAAUUGCAGUGUGAAGCCACCGAGUGCAGUUGUUCGUGCAGAGGACUGUAGCUUCGAGAAGGACUUAUGCGGAUGGGAAAAUAUAACUGUUUCCGAUAAUGACCGUGCUGUAACGUGGCAGCGUGCGUUUCAAACUCAUCGACCGGCUCAGUUGUUGGAUAGAACUUUCGGUGCGACUGGCGAUUUUGUGUUCUUCGACAUCUUCACGAACAAUAAGGAAUCCACAAAAGUUCAACUGCAAUCUCCUCUUAUUAAUGCUUCGCCUGACGAAGAAUUUGUAUGCUUCACCUUUUGGUUCGCUGCCUUUGGCGUGGAAGAGUCCACUGCUUUGCAAGUGAUCAAAAUGCCUGCCGAGGAAACCGAGGGAGAGAACGAAGACGAACAGGAGCAACCGUUAUGGUCACUAACAGCCAAAGGAAUCAAUAAUCCGCGACCAGUAUGGAUGGCGGCUCAAGUAACAAUCGAAGCACGAACUCCAUAUCGACUUAUUCUUGAAGGAAGUGCUAGUAACGGAGGCUUUGCUGUCGACGAUAUAAAGUUUCAGCCUCUAUCUUGCACAAUUCGGCCAGCCAAUGCUCAACCAAUUCAAAGUGAAACAUGAGAGAAACACUAAUAGUAAUAGCAAAAUAUAUUUUUAAUGUUAAUCAUUUUUUAUCUAGCAUUUAUUUAUAUGUAAUAUUGUAUCUAGUUGUAAUAAGCAGAACACAAAUCAUUCUUAUUACAAUAAAUCAUGUAUAUCACAAUUUAUCUUUAUAUAAUCCAAAAAAAUUUUUAUAUAA